AUGAGAGCUCCGGACAAGGUCGUGGGUAGCGUUCUUCUGGUCAGCAGCGUUGUGCUUUAUAUCUACUACAGUAUAUGGGUGUUGCUGACACCAUUUUUUGAUGAAGGUCAUCCUAUUCAGGACUUCUUCUUGCCGUAUCAUUAUGCGAUAAGUGUCCCAGCUGUGUUGCUAGUACUUUUGUUCACUGGAGCAGCGACAUUUAUCGGCAUGGUAAUGAUUGAAAGUCGAGAAAAAAAGAAAUGGAAUUGA